CUUUGACGGGCUACGGUUCCCCCUUUGGGACAAACAGUAUUCAUGUACUAAAUUACUUUAGAACAACAGUGUGUCCACGAUACGGGCAUACUCCAUAAGAUUCAAAGGUUUCAUAACUGAACUGGAGUCCACUGAUCAUUGUACUAUGGGGGGUAGCUAAUCUCGCCGAUGUUUUGACAGAAUUUAACAGGAACUAACAAGGAGCUGUCUGUACUUUUUACUUGUUUAAAAAGCAGCGAAUGCGUCGGAAUCCUGGAGAUGUCUCUUCCCACCUGUUCUUCGACUUUUGUCCUUGGUGUUGAUUUAGGGACAACAUCUGUAAAAGCGGUAUUGCUGGACUGCACGACGAGAAGUAUCACGGACAGUAAUUCGUUGUCAACAGCUGCUGAUAGAGAAAGUCAAGCUGUUAAUGCUAAAGAACAGGACCCCUGCAAAAUAAUUGACACCCUCAAUCAGUGUGUAACUUCUCUGCCUCGAGAUAAAUUACAUAAAGUCGUGGGAAUAGGGGUUUCUGGACAAAUGCAUGGGGUUGUUCUGUGGAAUACAAAUGCAGCUUGCGAGUGGUUUGUUUCCAACAGCGUUGGCAUGUUCAAGCCAAAAGAUACCAGUCAGUUGAUCACCUGGGAGGAUGGCCGCUGUAGUAGCGAGUUCCUGUCCUCACUGCCGCAGCCCAACUCCCAUCUAAGCCUCUCCACUGGCUUUGGGUGUGCCAGUUUGUUUUGGCUCCAGAAGCACAGACCUGAAUUCCUCUCGCAAUUCGAUGCUUCCGGGACCAUCCACGACUAUGUGGUAUCGAUGUUGUGUGCAUCUAAAGGCUGUUCGAUUUCCACACAGAAUGCUGCCAGCUGGGGUUACUUCAACACAGUCACUAGCACUUGGAAUGUUGACAUCCUGAGGGAGGCAGGCUUUCCCGUUCACCUGCUCCCGGAGCCUAUGGAGUCGGGAGCCUGUGCUGGACACACCUGCUCUGAAUGGCACGGCGUACCUGCUAACACGCCUGUUACGGUAGCGCUAGGGGACUUCCAGUGCAGUGUCUACUCCUCCAUGACCAACAGGACAGAUGCAGUGCUCAACAUUAGCACAUCUGCUCAGCUAACCUUCGCCAUGCCUGCUGGCUUCACACCUGCCUGUGUGCCUGAUGCUCUGUCACCGAUCGCCUACUUCCCCUAUUUCAAUGGAUCCUACCUGGCAGUGGCCGCCUCAUUGAAUGGGGGCAAUGUGCUGGCCACCUUUGUUGGAAUGCUAAAGGCCUGGAUGCAUGAGCUUGGGGUGGAGAUCAGUGAAGCCAGUGUCUACCCACAGCUCAUACAGGCGGCCCAGGCUCAGCCAGACACGGACCUGAGGCUGAUCCCCACGCUCCUGGGUGAGCGCCACGACACCACCUCCCUGGGCCAGCUGUCCAACAUCUCCCCCGGUAACCUGAGCCUGGGUCACGUGACCAGAGCCCUGUGCAGAGGCAUCAUGGAGAACCUCUGCAGCAUGUUGCCUCCACAGAAGCUACUGGAGGCUGGGGUGGAGAGGGUGGUGGCCAGCGGGAGUGGCCUCGGCCGGAACCAAGUGCUCAGACAGGAGGUGGAGAAGGCUCUGCCGCUGCCUGUGGUGUACGGGAAAAAUGUCGACUCGGCAGUUGGGGUCGCUUUGCUGUGUUGUGAUCGUCUGAACACUGAGUGGUCCUCCUAAUAACUUCCCUUUGUAAUGUGGAUAAAGAAGGACUGUAAAGACCACACUGUGUCCAUUAAGGCAAAUGGAUGUAUAGUGCUUAUGUAUGAUCCUUCUUUUGAUUAGAUUGUUUUUAAUGGUAUUAAUUUAUUGAUCAUGCAUAUUGUGUGAUGCAAGGGCAGGCCACACUUUCUUCCUUCAAAACAUUCCUCUUCACAUUGAGAAAAAAUAAUGAAAAUAACUUGAUUUACAAACUUUACAAACUUUACCACCCUAAAGUUAAAUAAUUGCAUCAUCAUAACUGCAUAAUUAUUAAGGUCUUAAUUUAUGAUUUAACAACUUAACUUAAAUACAUUGUGUAAAUAUGCGUAUAAUGGCUUGAAUGGUUAUUUAAAUAAACAUUCCAUUAUAAACAACAACAAAGUAAUUAAUAUAGCAUUUUCCUUAUUUUUUUUAUUUUUUUUUAUUAUAUAUAUAUAUA